AGGGAGGUCCUGGAACCAGGGUCACAGCUCCAAAGGGGACAUCCUCAGAGAGGCAUCCAAGACCUGAGGAAGAUAGACAAAAAGAGUGGGAGAGAUACCACCACCCAAGAGAGACAACCUGAAAUUCAGAACAAAACAAGGCACAAGAACCCAUCAAAGUCAGCUGAAGUCAAGCUUGGAAAAAGUUCAACUGCUAAACGUCUCCAUGGGCUUCCAGGGGCCUUGGUUGCAUACUUGUCUCCUUUGGGCCAUAGUAGCCAGCCUGCUGUUCCCUCCACUGGUGACCCAGGAGCUGAGAGGGGCUGGGCUGGGCCUUGGCAACUGGAACAACAAUGCCGGCAUUCCCGGGUCUUCAGAGGACAUGUCGGCUGAGUUUGGCCACCACAUCCACAGCCGUGGGGGCCAUCAGGGUGAGAAAGACAGAGACCACAGGGAAGAGAAUGAUGAUUUCUCCAGGGAAUAUGGCCACCGGCUCCAAGACCACAGGUACCCUGGCCACGAGGCUGGAGAGGAGAAUGUCUCUGAAGAGGUCUUCAGAGGGCAUGUGAGACAGGCCCAUGGGCACAGAGGGCACGAUACUGAAGAUUUGGGGAACUCAGCGGAGCCUGAGGACCACUUCCCCAGACAGAGGAGUCACAGCCAUGAAGAUGAAGAUGAGGAGAGCAUUGUCUCCAGUGAGGAUCACCAUCUUGUCACCAGGCAUGGUCACCAUGGCCACGGAGGGGAAAAUGAUGGGGAGGAAGUAGAGAACUCUAAUGAUAAGCACAAGGCCCAUGGUCACCAGAGCCACCAGAGCCACUCAGAGGAAGGAGAUGAAGAGGGUUCAGAUGAACACCAUCAUGCCCACAGCCAUAGACAAGGCCACAAAGACGAAGAUGAUGAAGAUGAUGGUUCCCCUGAGCGUGGGCACCAGGUCCACAGACACCGAGGCCAUGAAGAGGAUGAUGAAGAUGAUGAUGAUGAUGGCUCCCCUGAGCAUGGGCACCAGGUCCACAGACACCGAGGCCACAAAGACGAAGAUGAAGAUGAUGAUGAUGAUGGCUCCCCUGAGCAUGAGCACCAGGCCCACAGACACCGAGGCCAUGAUGAUGAUGAUGAUGAUGAAGAUGAUGAUGGCUCCCCUGAGCAUGGGCACCAGGCCUACAGACACCGAGGCCAUGAAGAAGAUGAUGAAGAUGAAGAUGAUGAUGAUUCCACUGAGCGUGGGCACCAGGUCCACAGACACCGAGGCCAUGAAGAGGAUGAUGAAGAUGAAGAUGAUGAUGAUGAUGAUGGCUCCCCUGAGCAUGGGCACCAGGUCCACAGACAUCAAAGCCACGAAAAUGAUGAUGGUGGUGAUGAUGAUGAUGAUAAUGAUGAUGAUGAUGAUGGCUCCCCUGAGCAUGAGCACCAGGUCCACAGACACCGAGGUGAUGAGAAGGAAGAUGAUGAAGAUGACUCAGAUGAAGGCUACUAUCAUGUCCCCAGCCGUGGCUACCAAAGCCACCAAGAUGAGGAAGAGGAAGAUGAGGCUGUAUCCACUGAACAUUGGCACCCAUCUUCUAGACACACUCACCAUGGUCUUGGAAGUGAGAAUCAAGAAGAGGAGGUAACAGUCAAGUUCAGCCACCAUACUGCAAGCCACCAACCCCAAGGCCACAAGUCUGACAAGGAGGAGGACUUCCCAGAAGAGUAUAAGACAGAAGUUCCUGGCCAUCACCACCACAGAGUCUCCAGGGAGGGAGAUGGGGAUAUUUCUGCUGAGUUUGGCCACGAGGUCCCCAGUCACAGGCCACAAGAUCAAGAUGAACAGAUCAGCCAGGGUCACAGAGAGUUUUUCCAAGGUGACAUUGGUCAUCAGCCCCUGCAGCCCACAGGGGCUGGUUCCGAAGAAUCAAGAAAGGAAGAUGACCACAGCUCUCAAGAGGGAGACAAAGACUCAGAGCAGAGCAAAGGAUCCCACAGUGAAGAGGAGGAGGAGGGUCACAGCCUCCCUAAGAGCCAGGCAGAUGAGGAAGAGGAAGAAAAAGAUGAGCAAGAGAGUAGGGAAGGCAGGACUGAGGUUCAGACUCCAGUGAGCCAUCACAGAAAGCAGGAGGAAGAGGAGGAAGAGGAGGAGAUCCUGGAAGAAAACCUGCUACCCUUCACCAUCAUCCCAAAUCCCCUGGCUGGAAGGGAGGUGGACACAGAAGGUUCCAGCGAGGAGGAGAGCCGUGAGGUCACAGGUCAGCACGAUGCCCAGGAGUAUGAGAACUACCAGCCAGGAUCUCUGUGUGGCUAUUGUUCUUUCUGCAAUAGAUGUACUGAAUGCGAAAGCUGUCAAUGUGACGAGGAGAACAUGGGGGAACACUGUGACCAGUGCCAGCACUGCCAGUUCUGCUACCUCUGCCCGCUGGUCUGUGAAACCCUCUGCACUCCAGGAAGCUACAUGGACUAUUUCUCCUCCUCCCUGUAUCAAGCCCUGGCUGACAUGCUGGAGACUCCAGAGCCCUGACCUGGCCACAACUGCGGCUGAAGUACCUCCCCUGGCCUGCCCACCUGACAGGAGGCCUGAAUAAAUGUGCUCCUAGAAACAGCAGUGUGGGGUGUGGGGUG